UUUCCUGUUGGUGCACCUGAAAGAAUUUUGGGCAAUUUUGUGCAGAUUUGCUAUUUCGGUGGAUACUGGCAACACUGCCCUCGUUGCGUAGUGGGAACGGCUGCUUUGAUCGACGACAAAAGUGCAUAAUCUUCAUAUUAAUUUCCUUCAAUUUUUCCCAUCUCUACGACAAACCUAACCUUUAUCACACACGUCCCCUAACCUAAUUGCACACAACUUUUUUUUAAAUAACAAUAAAUAAUAACCCGAGAAUGUCGAGGCCAAUAACUUUCGUUACAGGAAACGCAAAAAAACUGGAAGAAAUGCUGACGAUACUCGGCCUAAACUUUCCUCGACAAGUAAUAAGUAAAAAACUCGACUUACCCGAACUGCAGGGAGAAAUCGAUGAAAUCUGCCGGAAGAAGGCCGAAACAGCUUACGAGCUAGUCGGGGGCCCCGUUUUAGUUGAAGACGCCUGCCUAUGCUUCAAUGCACUAAACGGCCUGCCCGGCCCCUACAUCAAAUGGUUCCUGGAAAAAGUGGGUCCUGAAGGACUGAACUCAAUGCUGCAGGGCUUUGAGGACAAAUCCUCCCAAGCCGUGUGUACUUAUGCUUACCAUCCUGGAGAUCGGGGGGCCGAAGUGAUUCUCUUCCAAGGCAGGACUGAUGGCGAGAUCGUCUUGCCCAGAGGCCCCAGGGACUUUGGAUGGGACUGCUGUUUCCAACCCCAAGGAUACAGUCAAACCUACGCUGAACUGGCAAAGGCCGAAAAAAACCGAAUUUCCCACAGGUUCAAAGCAAUUGAGAAAUUGAAAGAGUUCUUUCAUAAUUCCACUUAAGGCCAUGUAGUGGGUGUUGAAAUAAAAUCUUGUUUUAUUUGUUUUAUGA